UUUACAGUUCUGCUUCAUCAGGAAUGAAUUCGUCCAAGGAACACAUAAACUGGAUAACUGUUGGAGAAGUGAUCAAUCUAAUUAAGAAACCUGUCGCUUUGUACACCACCCAUAUCGUGGAAAGAUGGCAUGUCACACUGUGUAAAGAUUGCCUUCCGUUUGGGCAAUGCCCAAAUCCUGGAAAUUGCCAAAUGAAAAAGAAGCCUGACGACCUUUGCCGCUCUUGCAAUGGAUGGUACAAAGAGCUGGCUAAAUCACAUCUAAAUAAAGAUGAACGAAAGAUCCAAUGGCGUAAAAACUGCGACACAUCAAAGUUGCCUGUUGAUCCAUGGGAGGUAGCUAAGUUCUUCAUGCCUGUCCUUGGAGACAACAAGGGCACCGUUAUUGAAGCAGAAUCCACUGAUUUAUCACAUCUUUUGAACGUUCUUGUAUGGAUGAAAGACGUAGCUUUUUCUCCAGACAGGCGUGUGGAUCUCGAUCUCGUUAAGAAUCUUCGUUCAGGAGUUAGAAACCCUUGGGCGCAUGCACCAAACCAAGAAUUAGCCGAUGCUGAUUUUAACAACGCUUUUGAUAUUGCCAAUAAGUUUGUUGCCGACCUUGAUAAUGUUUUUAGCUGUAACGAAGUCAAGAAAUGCAUAGAGGAUAUCAAGUUAGUACAAACUAACAAAAUAAGCAAUGUGGUGGAAGCCGAGUUAAAAGCUCUGAAUUCACUGCGCGGCGUGUUAGGUGCGGAUGUCAGCCAGUUAAAAGAAGAGAUGAAGCAUUUAAGAGACGAAGAUCAAAGCUUCGGCAGACAAGUUAUCAAGGAACAGGAAAGAAUGUUAGAAAAUUUGGUAAAUUGCACAAAGGAAUGCUCAACAAGAAUGGAUCGUUUUGAUAAGUUGUUUUGCCGAGAAAUUCGUGAAAUUCGUGCUGCCAUCAAGUCAUUACAAGGAACUAAUGAUCGGUUCCAACAAAAAAGCUGUUUACCCGACAAACCGCCAACAAUUUUUGGGCGUGACGCCGAAGUGAAGAAAAUCGUUUGUUCCUUGGUGGAUGAAGGCUGUGGAAUUGUCUCAAUUGUUGGUGGACCAGGGUUUGGAAAAAGCACUGUCGCAGUUGAAGUUUCCCAUCAUUUAACCGAUAGUCAUGAUAUUGAAGUCAUUUUCUCGUUCCUGUCAAAUGUUUCCACUGUGCCUGAAGUUAUUCAACGUCUCUGUCGUGACGUUGGCGUGAAUCCUGGAGACGAUCCUGAAUCAUCGUUGAUAUUUUGGUUAAAGAAUAUUGAGAAGAAAGUUGUCCUUGUCAUGGACAACAUUGAGCAGCUGCUUGAAAGCAACGUGAUAUCUCAGUUUACUGAGUUAACGGCUACGCUCAGAAAGAAUUCACGGCAACAGUUGCAGAUCCUUACAACGACAAGAACCGAAUUCUCACUUUCUGAUCGAACUACCGAUAACGUUCAUGUAAGAGAGUUGGAUAAAAAUGCUAGUGUCGAGCUUUUGAGAACGUUUUGCCGCAACAAAGAAGUAAAAGAUGAAAACCUGUCUGAUUUGGCUAAGCUGUGUGGCUUUGUUCCUCUAGCUUUGUGUAUCACAGGAUCUAGAAUUCCACGUCUAGAUGAUCCUGCUGAAUUGAUUAAAUGGUUGAAAGAGAAGCCUAUGAAAGCUUUGCAGUCAACUGACAAAAGCCAAUGUGUCCGAAAAGCCAUCGAGUUUUCUUUCCAAAUGUUGACUAACGAAGACAAGAAAGCGUUGGCUCGUCUUUCCGUGUUCAAUGGAAAUUUCCAAAGAAAGUCUGCUGAAGAGGUAAUUGAGAGAGAUGAUUUCGAAACGCAAGAUUUGUUAGAGCAGCUUGUAGCUCGAAGUUUAAUACAGAGUAGCAGCGAUAACCGUUUCGUGAUUCAUUCGCUUAUUCGACGGUAUCUGGCCGAUCAUGACCAACUUCAAGAUGAAAAGGCAAUAGCACAAGGAUUGAUGGUGAAACAUUUUCUAAAGAUGUGCCAUUUGUGGACUAUAGAUUCUUAUACGAAAGAUGGAUUCACCGAUGCCCGAGAAAAAUUGAAGAAGGACAGCCACAAUGUUGAGGAAACGUUAAAAGUCUGCUGCCAAGAUCCAAACAUCUUCGACUUGUUAGUAAGUAGUGAUAUUUACAAGUCUUCAUCCAGGUUCUUUUACCGUUUCUGCCGGUAUCUUCUUCCGCAAAUUAUUUUGAGGAAUUUUCAGGAAUCUUGUAUUAAUCUGGCGAAAAGUCGAAAGCAACUAAACAUUGAGAUCACAUUUCAGUGUCUGGUAGCAAAUCAAGAAGGUCGUAAAUCUGCAUGGAAAUCUACUGAAUAUAUCGACAUGAUGGAGGCGAUCAAGGUAGCGUUUGACAAAAAUGAUAUGGUGCUGAAAGAAGAUAGGUCGUUACAUCGCUUUUGUUACUAUUUUUGUGCCCGAUAUUAUUCUAACAUAGCAACAAAUUCACCAUAUCCUGAUCUUCUAGAAGAUAAUCUUGCGCCUUUGCCUGGUAAUCAGUAUCAAAGCCCAAUGGAGAAUGCUGCCGAGGCACUUAUUUUAAUCCAACGUGCACGUUUGAACGAGAAACGUGCAAUUAAAUUUCAUUCAGAUGAAGAAAAGUACGAGGAUUACAUGAACUGUGCAAAAUCAUUUUACAACCAAGCUUUGUCGACAGCUAAAGAGUUGUUGGGCGAUCAUGAAUUAACGUGUAUUUGUCAUAAAUUGUUAGGAGACUUAUACUUACACUGGCGGAAGAACGAAGAGGCAAUGAGGUAUUAUUUCGAAUGA